ACCGGCCCUAGCGGAGCGGCAUGGACUCGGCGAUGCUCUCGCUCACCUGCGCCGGCCUCGGGGCCGCGGAGGAGGACGACGACGGGGCCGCCGUCGGCUACGUCAAGGGCGAACACUGCCUCGACAACCUGAAGGAUCUGCAGAGGCUGCUGCGGCGGGACGACCCGGAGCGGCGGGAGGUCUUCAAGCAGGUCUGCAAGUGGAAGAUCGCGUCCAGGGAUCUGGUGCCCAUCAUCGAGAACUACCAAUCCGACCGCAACCUCGUCAUCACGGCAGUGAAAGUGCUGGUAUUCCUUACCAUGCCUGUCGAUCCUUUGUCAGAGGAUGUUGCUCAACAGAUAGAGUAUCUGUGGGAUUUGAAGGCUGCACUGACACGGAAUGUUGCAAUCGCAGUGAUUGUGUCUCUUCUUGAGGACCCAUUGGAUCAUCUGGAAAGAACUUCAUUCGCGGAAGAUGACUGGAAGCUAGUACAGCUGGUGCUUACUUUAUUCCGCAACGUCUUGGCCAUUCAAGAAAUCACAUUGCCUCAGAAGGCAUCUGGGGAAGCUACCCAGUUAUUGUACCUGGCUGACAGCUUUUUAGAGCUCAUGUUUAAAGAAAAUAUGAUGGACCUAAUCUUAGUGCUAGCUCAACAUAUUGAUGAGCCCUCUGGUUAUCUCAAGCAUGAAAACCUUCUUUUGUUGGAAAUCUUUCAUUAUCUUUUCUUGGGCCGGGACCCAGAAUUGAUCGCCAAAGUUCGUACAGAUGUCUCAAAGGAGCAGGUCAAUGGAGAUAUUGAUACAUCAGUUGAUUCAUUGAGAUUGAUGAUGGAGAAGGAAGAGAGGGAAAAAAGGAUGUUCAGGCAGCGAAACGCGGAGAAUCACGCACUCAAUGGAAUUUUUACAUGCCUUUCAGUGGAUGGGUCUAAAUCAUUGUGCAAAGGGAAUCCCAGCUCAGCAAUGUCAUCUGCAAAUAGCCUCCGGAAAAUACGUAAUGUCCAAAGAGGCCCUCAGAAAAGGAUAGCAUGGGAUAAUGAACUUCUUUACAUACCAAAGGAGGGUAUUAUGGAAAUGCUAAGAAGUUUCAUGGAUCAAUUUUUAUCUGGAGGAUAUAAUGUCCUGAUGCAGUCUGUUUGUGAUGAUAUCGUGAAGCAGCAUGAUUCUAUCGAGACAUCUGAUAACAUUACAUUCUUCAAAGUCGUUUGCUUUGUCUUAGCUUUUCAACACGAGAAAGCAUCAAAUGCGCAGAAAUCUAGUGCUGGGCCCCAGCUGUCCGAGACUUCACCAGGCAAUGAAUGUGAUGAUCUGCCGUUUCGUGGUGACAUAUGUGGACCUGUUGCAGCCACAUUAAAUGAAGACAUGUUCAAUGUAGUCUUGUCGAGGUGGCGUGAUGCCUAUGAAGACCUGAAGCAUUCUAAGGAUUACAAAACUCUUUCAGCUGCUGGCUCCUUAAUGAAGAACAUGAUUGGCAUGAUAUAUUUGGUGGUAAAAGUUCAUCCUGAAGAUUCAAGGGAAUCUCAAACAGCCCGUGUUUUACUGUAUAAGCUGUUCUAUGAUCAGACAGAAAGAGGCCUCACUAAGUUUCUCCUGAACUUGUUCAGAUCUUUUGAUACUCAUAAGCAACCAAAAAGUGCUCUUGCGGAUUUACUAGAAACAGUUCAUAUCAUGCUACAGCUGAUGGAGAAGCUUCAAGCACGUGGUGCUUUAAGGGUUGCGAAAAGGACAAGAAAGGGCAGAAAAAGGAAGACGUCAGAGGACAAACAUGAGAGUACCAAACUUGAAACAGAGAAUGUGGAGCAGAGCUAUAUAGACCCAACAGAUGGGACUAAAGCUGCAUCUGAUUCACUUCCAGAUUUGGGAAGUGAGGAUCCUCUAGCAGAACCUACUCUCUCGGAGCAAGUGAAAGUUGAUUCCGAUGGCACAGAUCUGCCAGAUACAAUUGUGGAUACGGCUGUUAAUCUGGAGAGCACAACACAGCUUGGAGGUGAUCCAUCUUCUGCAGGCAGUGGUGAAAAGGAAAGAAAUCCCAUUAAUGAAGAGGAUGAUACUUGUACCACACAGCUUGGAGGUGAUCCAUCUUCUGCAGGCAGUGGUGAAAAGAAAAGAAACCCCAUUAAUGAAGAGGAAGAUACUUGUACCACACAGCUUGGAGGUGAUCCAUCUUCUGCAGGCAGUGGUGAAAAGAAAAGAAAUCCCAUUAAUGAAGAGGAAGAUACUUGUACCACACAGCUUGGAGGUGAUCCAUCUUCUGCAGGCAGUGCUGAAAAGAAAAGAAAUACCAUUAAUGAAGAGGAAGAUGCUUCAGAUUCUUCAAGUGAUGAUGGCCCCCCAGCUACAAGUGAAGUUGAUUUUGACGUAUCGCGGUUAAUAUCCAGCCUAGCCAACAAUUCUGUUGUCCAAAAUAUAUGCUGGUUGUUGAAGUACUAUAAGACUAACUCCUUUCGAACAAACCAUUACAUCAUAUGCAUGCUGCGGAGAUUCUGUGAAGAUCUAGAUGUGUCACCAAUGCUAUAUCAGCUAUCGCUUCUGACUACUUUCUAUGAUAUAUUAGCUGAACAGAAGUCUUCGAGUUCAAAGGAGUAUGCAAAUAUUGUAAAUUUUCUUUCUAAAAUUGUAAGGAAGUUGGUGAGAGCAAUGAAAAAACAGCCACUGUUAUUUGUUGAUACACUCUUUUGGAAGACAAAAAAGGAAUGCCACUGCAUUGAUGCUGAUUAUCUACUGAAUGAGCUCAAGGGAGAUGGUUACAGUAAGGGUAGUGAAGUUGGUUCAAGUAAGGGAUGGGGAGGUUCAGUAAAUAUAGCAGAUUCUCUUGGUGAUGAUGAAGCUGACUAUGAUAUACCACAUGAACCAUAUGAUGGUGAUAAGAAUGGAGAUUCAUCUUCUGGUGAACGGGAAGGCGAUACUCAGAAGAGCAUGGGCGCCAGAGACAAAAGGAGCAUAUUACUGUCACUUUCAGACAGUGAAGCUGAGGAUAAUGAUAGGACUACUAUAUCUAGAGGCUCUCAGAAUAAAGAGGCCCCAAAGAGACGAGGGCGAUCCAUUUUUAAUGAAGAGCAAGAGAAGCUUAUCAGAGAUCUUCAUGAGAAAUAUAAGGAUGACCGCAAAUGCAGUCAUCUAAUUGCUGAAGCUCUAGAUCCCAGUGGAAAGAUAUCGUCGGCUCAAAUUUCUCGAAAGCUUACACAGCUAGGUCUCAGGAAUGUCACUAGGAGGACAAAAGUUCCAGAGGCAUCUCUUUCAGCAGAAGGUCUGGUUGCACAACCGCAAAACGACAUGCUGGAUGAUCCCCAGCCAGAAAGCACACGGCGCAGAAGGAAAAGACUACAUCGGUUAAGCAGUAAGGAUGACAACAACGAUAAUCAUCCAGUAUCAUCUGAUGAAGAAACAUUGCAAGCACUUAAGGCCAGAACCAAAAAUAAGGAGCCGCCUUCAGUGGACCUUUCACGGAGUAAAUCACGGCAUCAAGAGGCUCCGCAAGGGACAUAUUCUGAUGAUGAGACCAUAGGAUCUCUGCUUAGUAGAGGAAAGAAGAAAAGGUUAUCGAUAUCAGAUGUUACAGAGAAUAAACAAGAACACCUAGAUUCUUCGAAGAACAUUGCUCCGGGCGUUGAGACUAUAGGUUCAAAUGUCAUAACCAAAAAUAAGGAGCUGCCGUCCGUGGAUCUUGUACCCAGUAUAUCACAGCAUCAAGAGACUUCGCAGGGCACAGAUUCUGAUGAUGAGACCAUAGGAUCUCUUCUUAGUAGAGGGAAGAAGAAAAGGUUAUCGACAUCAGAUAUUACAGAGAAUAAACAAGAACACCUAGAUUCCCCGAAGAACAUUGCUCUGGGCGCUGGGACUAUCAGUUCAAAUGUCAUAACCAAAAAUAAGGAGCUGCUGUCCGUGGAUCUUGUACCCAGUAUAUCACAGCAUCAAGAGACUUCACAGGGCACAGAUUCUGAUGAUGAGACCAUAGGAUCUCUUCUUAGUAGAGGGAAGAAGAAAAGGUUAUCGACAUCAGAUAUUACAGAGAAUAAACAAGAACAUCUAGAUUCUUCGAAGAACACUGGUCCUGGCGUUGAGGCUAUCGGUUCAAAUAUCAUACCCGAAAGUAAGGAGCUGGCCUCGGUGGAUCUUCCACCGAGUAUAUCACAGCAUCAAGAGGCUUCGCAGGGCACAGAUUCUGAUGAUGAAAUCAUAGGAUCUCUGCUUAGAGGAAAGAAAAGAAGGUUAUCUAGUACAUCAGAUGUUACAGAGAACAAACAAGAACACCAAGAAUCUUCGAAGAACAUUGGUCCAGGCGUUGAGACUACAAGUUCAAAUGUCAUGGAUGCUCCUCUCCAUCCGGAGUUGAACCCAUCUAACGAUAACGGUGGUGAUGCUGGUGAGGCUGUACUGCUGGAUGACUUCAGUGAGCCUGAGCUGGAUGGUAGUGAAGAUGCCGAGCAACGGAUCGUUGACGACAAAGACAUGUCUGAAUCUGGGGACAUGACAGGCUCUAAUGCCAGUCAGAAGGCUGGGUCGAAAAGAAGACUCAGAAUGGUGCUUGACGACGAUGACGACGAGUAGUUUACUUGAAAUUAGUGAGUGAAACGUCGGACACUGCAGCUGUUUGGACUAAUUUGUUUGCCAUGCUGGUCCUGGUGUGCCAGUCGUAUGAAGGUUGUAUGAGAAUACAGUGCUCUCUUUGUUUAACUUGCAUGAUUCAUUCUCUAUGAUAAUAAAGAGUGCCUCUAUGUUUAACUUGCAA